AUGCCUCAACCCGGCGGCACAAGCCCGCAGCAGCAGCCCAAGGGACAUCGCAGAUCGCACAGAAAAUCCCGAAACGGCUGUGUCGAAUGCAAGCGGCGCCAUAUACGCUGCGACGAGCGCCGGCCCGCCUGUGCAAACUGCGCCAUCGCAGAACGCACAUGUGUGUUCCCCCCGGCCAAGGACCGGCCCUUGCGGAAGAAGGGGUCAUCGCCACCGCAUUCGCCGACUCGUACAGAUGGCCGGAGUCCGUCGACUACGGCGUGGAAUUCAAGCGAUGCCCGGACACCACGUACGCCCAGUGACACGGCCCUCCCGCAACUAUCACGAACGCAGUCCCAUCCAACUACGUCCGAGCCUUCGCCUCUGCCCUCGUUUGGCGAAUCGUUUCCGCGGUCCUGCGAGCCGUCUUGGUCGGAUCCCCCUCUCUUCACAGCAGACCAUCUCUCCCUUCUGUACCACAUGACCGUCACCGGGGACAGCUUCUUCAUGACCCCCAGGCGGGACGGCGACAUCAUCGAGAUGGCCAUCCGCUUCGCCUCCUCUCACCCGUAUCUCAUAGACGAGGUGCUCGCCCUCUCUGCCCUCCACAAAGCUACAACAACCUCGCCACCGGACUCGGCACAUCUCCUCCACGUGGCCACCGAGCUUCAAACCCGCGCCAUCACGCGCUUCACCAGGCUCUCGUCCACCCUGCCGCCCGACGACAUGGCAUCCUCCAUCCCACGGUUCCUCUUCGCAGCCAUCCUAUCCCUCCACGACCUCGCAGACACCCUGUCCUCCGUCCGGACCCUUCACCACUCGCAGUUCCACGUCUUUGUAAACCGCUUCGUUGACUGCUUUCGCAUCCAUCAUGGCGUCCGCGCCGUGAUACGACCUACUUGGCAGCACCUCCUGACCUCGGAACUAGAACCCCUCCUCACACUCACCCACAAGGCACGCGUGGAUGCCGAGCCAGGAAGUGCAAGAGGCGAACCCGAAGGAGGGCACGAAUGCCGCCCCCUCCACGACCUCCUGGAUUCCUCUGACCUCGGCCCCGCCACCGUUACGGCGUGUCGAGAAGCCGUCGAUCAGCUACAAUACGCCUUUGACAUGUACAGGGAUUUGCCGACACCGGCGGCAGGACCACACGCUGCGUCGGCGUUUUCAGUCACGGUGAGUACCGACUACGUUGAUGUGCUAAGGCGGUUGCAGCCCGAGGCGGUGGUCGUGCUGGCCUACUACGGGGUGUUGCUGCAUCGCUGCAGGCAUUUCUGGAUCUUUGGCGACGCGGGCGCGUUUGUCGUGAGGGCUAUCGCGCAGCAUCUGGGUGCUUACUGGCACCACAUCAUGGCCUGGCCGUUGAGCAUGGUGGAGGGAGCCGCGGAUGAGCAGGCGGGCCAGACGGACGCAUGA